AUGACUCCAGCUCAAGUUACUUCCAGACCAGACUUUGGUGCAUCUCAAUUAUCACCCGACGCAACAACAACAAAAACAACAACAGCAGAUGUUAAAGUUACCACAGCGCAACCACCAUUGUUAGCUGGUGAACAUACCUUACCUGCAAGUUGGUGGUUUAAUGAAAACAUCUUUAAUUUAGAAAAGCGAGCCAUAUUCCAUAACUCAUGGUUAUUUUGUAUUCAUAAAUCAAGAUUCACCAAACCGGGAGACUACUAUUCUUUUCAAGUUACUGGGAUCAAAUUUUUUAUAAUCAAGUCAAGAGAUGGGGGGUUGAAAGCGUUCCAUAAUGUUUGCCGUCAUCGUGCGUUUCCCGUUGUUCAAAAGCAAUCAGGUACCAGUACUGUCCUCACGUGUAAAUACCAUGGAUGGAGUUACAACUCCAACGGUAAAUUAUCCAACGCACCUCAAUUUGAUAAUGUCGAAGGAUUUGACAAAUCAGAAAACUCCUUAUAUCCAAUCAACAUGCAUGUAACUCCACAAGGUUUGGUGUUUGUUAAUUUCAGUAGAGAUCCCAUGCCAUUUGAUGAUUGGUUUAGUGGCUUGACCACUGAAUUGAAUGAAUUUGAUUUUGAUGAUUAUGAAUACCAUAUGAGUUAUGAAUUACAUGGAGAUUUCAAUUGGAAAACAUUGAUGGAUGGAUAUCAAGAAUGCUAUCAUUGUCCUGUUGCUCAUCCUGGAUUGAAUUCUGCUUUCAAGAUGGAGACAUAUAAAGUUGUUCCCAAAAAUAGAUAUUGUCGUCAUUAUGCAACUAUAGUUAGAGAAGAGCCGAAGGAGGAGAAAGAGAUAGUCAAAGAAAGUUCUUCAUGGUUUGGUUUUGGUAAGAAAGGGACACAAGAGGCGGUUGCUCCACCACUGAAGAGGUCUAGUGGUAAUAAAGGUGGUGAGUUUGAUGGAUUAUGGGUAUACUUGUUCCCCAAUAAUGGAGUCAAUUGUUACUCUCCAGCAUGGUACUCAAUCCGAGUAUUGCCAUUAAGUGCCACCAAAACAACGUUACAAUAUGAUAUUUAUACCAAAAAGGGAAUAGAUGAAGCAACCAAGACUGAAUUUGUUGAUUUUUUACAACAAGUUGAAAUUGAAGAUUAUAACUUGUGUCAAUUGACACAACAAAAUUUGAAUGAAGGAAUUUAUAGUUCAGGUUAUUUACACCCCCAAAAGGAAAAUGGCGUCUUGUAUUAUCAAAAUUUGGUUAGGGACGCUAUCAAGAAACAUCUUGAAUUGGAGAAUGCAAAUGGAGGUAGACCAAUUGAUCCUGCUGCUAUUCCUGGACUGAAGAAGAAUAAAGAUCUUGACGAAUUGGAAGGAAUUUGUCAAUCACUUGAUUGUGCUAGUGGAAAACGAAGUGAAUUGAACUGGUGA